AUGUACAAUCCUCCAGUGGAGGUCACCUCUCCGCUUGUCAGUCGGACAUUUGUACAGGAUGUUACAUGUGAAAGUGAUGAUUUUAUUCAUCAACACCCGUUGCUAGUUGCUGAAUUUGGAAGCAGUGUGAUUUUACCCUGCUCUCACUCAGAUGACUUUAUAAACUCUGUUUCAUGGUAUAAACAUUCUUUUGGCAAGAAACCACUUCUCGUAGCAUAUUCAGAACACGGCUCUGGAAGUGUUAAAUAUCAAAAUGACUUUGACAAUUCAAAUAAAUAUCGUAUCAGAACUGGAAAUGGCUCUUUUAAUUUGACCAUCAGACACUUGGAAGAAUAUGAUUUUGCAACCUACUAUUGUGCUGUGAGAUUUUUAAACAUUGUUAAAUUUGGAGAAGGGACGAUUCUUCUACAUAAAGAGAGUGAUGGAAUAAGAAGUACCACAGUUCUCCAGCAGCCAGUAUCUGACAGACUUCAUCCAGGAGAUUCAGUGACUCUGCAGUGUUCGGUCAUCAGUCAGAUCUGUGCAGGAGAAUACAGCGUCUACUGGUUCAGACAUUCAUCAGAACAUUCUCAUACAGGACUCAUUUACACCCGUGAUAACAGGAGUGAUCAGUGUACAGAGAGAUCAGAGAACGGCUUUUCUACCCAGAGCUGUGUCUAUAGUCUCUCUCAGACUGAACUCCGAUCAUCUGAUGCUGGGAUUUAUUACUGCGCUGUUGCUACAUGUGGGAAGAUACACUUUGGAAAUGGAACUAAGUUGAUUAUUGAAGCUUCUUCUGCUUUGACCUUUUUGAAUCCAGUUGUUUUAACCCUGUUCACAAUCAGUAUAAUAUCCAUUAUUGUGAACAUAUUUCUGAUGAGACUGAUUCACAAGAAUCAAAAUAAAGAAGCUUCAAAACAACCUAGAAAUCAAAGGAAUCAGAUUGCGGAAACAGAUGCCUUAAAUUAUGUAGCCCUGAGUUUUUCCAAAAAGCCUACCAGCUCAAAAAGAUCUUCAAAGAUAACCAACCAAGAAGAAACGUUUUAUUCACAGUUACAAAGCAAUGAGAAAAUUGUUAAUGCUGAGAAAUUGUUGAUUUAUUUCUCCACUGAACUGGGUAUUAUCUGUAUCUGUAUACUGUUAAUAUAAUAUAAUGCUGUUGUACUGUUUUUAAUAUAAUUUUAUAACUUCU